AUGCCAACGGUCUCGCGUCCACAAUUCGCAGCCUCUCAUUCGAUCUUGUCGUCCCAAUCGCCGCUCACCCGAAUGCCUCGGCCUGACACACACGGGCUGGAUACGCUGGCCAAGGGAUCACAAUAUGCGCUCGAACAGCUCGAAUUAUCCCGGCAGGCCGCAACCUCGAACCCCCCGACCGACGCCGAUGGCAACUCUCUGAGUGCGCCCGAGCCAGGCCAAUCGCAAAAUAUACCCCUCUAUAAUACGCAAAAUGGCAGUUCAGCCAACGGAAAAACUAUUCUGCAGCAACAUGAUGCCCUUGCAGAGGCCCGCUCAACGAUCCGCAAGGGAUCAUCGGCCAAUGCCGUGCGCCGGAGAAUUAGCCGGGCUUGCGACCAGUGUAACCAACUCCGCACAAAAUGCGACGGACAACAACCAUGUGCGCAUUGUACUGAAUUCGGACUGGGUUGCGAAUACGCACGACAGCGCAAGAAGCGCGGAAAGGCCUCGAAGAAGGACCUUGCAGUCGCCGCAGUUCUCGCGACUGGCGAGAAAUCAUCAGCCGAUAGUAAAUCUCCGCAAGAUGACUCCUCCCAAUCACACCACUCACAUGAUGCCAAUGGGCCAUACGAUCCGUCUUUGGACGUUGCACGGGGCUUACCAGCGGCCGCUCGAUCGAAUAUUGCAGGCUCCGGUGUACCAGGGAUAGCAAGGAUGCAGCAUCCCAUGGGGUCUCACUUAGAUAGCUUGUCUCUCGGAUACGGCUCUGUACAUGAGUCCACCCGAUCUGGCAUGUCCGUUCCUGAUCUUCGCUCUUUACAGAUGCUAAAUGCUACCAAUGGAGCAUCUCGCUCGCCAAUGUUUCAAUCUCAAGGAUUCGGCUCCACUUACAAUGAUACGACUUACCAUGGGUUAGGUUCGCAGGAGACCAACCCAACACCCAUGCAUCCAUUCCGCCUCAAUGGCGCGACAGAACCAUCUUCAUCCUUCUUACCUGGGUUCACCCCUCCGGCACAAUCACCAAGCUGGCUCCCUCUCCCUUCGCCAUCACCAGCCCACUUCCCGUCAUUUAGUAUAGCGCCAUUUUCUAGUUCUCUUCGAUACCCCGUUCUGCAACCCAUUCUUCCCCACAUUGCUUCGAUCAUUCCUCAAUCUCUAGCCUGCGACCUUCUGGAGGUAUAUUUUACGAGCUCCUCUUCAUCCCACCUAUCACCCCUGUCACCUUACGUCGUUGGAUUCGUGUUCCGCAAAGAAUCGUUCCUGCACCACACAAAGCCCAGGGUAUGUAGCCCCGGUCUUUUGGCUAGCAUGCUAUGGGUCGCGGCACAAACAAGCGAAGCCGCAUUCUUGACAUCGCCUCCAUCGGCACGAGGGCGAGUCUGUCAGAAGCUGCUCGAACUGACCACUGGCCUGCUUCGGCCCCUGAUCCACGGGCCAGCUACCGGCGAAGCAUCUCCUAACUAUGCAGCCAACAUGGUCAUCAAUGGAGUAGCCCUAGGAGGAUUCGGCGUCUCAAUGGACCAGCUGGGCGCCCAGAGCAGUGCAACUGGCGCGGUAGAUGAUGUCGCCACCUAUGUCCACUUGGCUACAGUCGUCUCGGCAAGUGAGUACAAAGCAGCCAGUAUGCGCUGGUGGACUGCCGCUUGGUCUCUUGCGCGGGAGUUGAAACUGGGACGCGAACUGCCACCAAAUGUCGGCUCCCGUCAAGAUGGUGACUUGGAUGGCGAAUCAGAACUGGACAUCAAUGGGCACAAAAGGCAAUCGUCGCUUCUCAAUUCACUGGGCCCGGGUCCCGGUAGCUCAGCCGCUAGUCUCACCGAAGAGGAGCGGGAAGAGCGUCGGCGCAUCUGGUGGCUUCUCUAUGUUAUGGACCGUCACUUAUCUCUCUGCUAUAACCGCCCACUUACCCUCCUAGAUAAAGAAUGUUCUGGCCUUCUGCAACCGAUGAAUGAUGACCUAUGGCAGGCAGGCGAUUUUACAGGGGCCACCUACCGGCGUGCGGGAACCGCAUUCGAAUGCACCAGCCAUAGCAUGUUUGGGUACUUCUUACCUUUGAUGAGCAUCUUGGGUGAGAUUGUGGAUUUACAGCACGCACGAAAUCACCCGCGCUUCGGAUCACAUUUCCGCAAUAGUGGGGAAUGGGAAAUUCAAGCGGUAGAGAUCAGCCGACAACUGGAUGUCUAUGCGCAGAGUUUGAAAGAUUUCGAGGCUCGCUACACGAGCUCACUCAAACGCGGUCCUGCAGAGAACGAUGUCGGCAUGGAUGGCUCGCAUGUGAAUCAUGUCAGUCCGUCUGACCGGUCAAGUAAUACGGCGAGCUCCCAUUAUAACGAGUCGGUGGUUCAUACCAAGCGAGUGGUGGCCUACGGAACUCAUAUCAUGCAUGUCCUGCAUAUCCUCCUGGCGGGGAAGUGGGACCCGAUCGAACUCUUGGACGAUAACGACCUUUGGAUAUCUUCUGAGUCCUUUGUUUCUGCGAUGGGGCAUGCUGUCAGUGCCGCCGAAGCAGCGGCUGAGAUCUUGGAUUAUGAUCCAGAUUUGAGUUUCAUGCCCUUCUUUUUCGGAAUCUACCUCUUACAAGGAAGUUUCCUCCUGCUCCUGACGGCGGACAAGUUGGCCGUAGAUGCCAGUCCGAGUGUUGUCCGAGCAUGUGAGACUAUUGUGCGAGCACAUGAGGCCUGCGUGGUAACCCUCAACACUGAGUAUCAGAGGACCUUUCGCAAAGUGAUGCGCUCAGCGCUGGCUCAAGUUCGCGGCCGCAUUCCUGAGGAUUUCGGGGAGCAACAGCAACGUCGACGGGAGGUUCUCGCACUUUACCGAUGGAGUGGCGAUGGUAGCGGCCUGGCGCUGUGA